AGAGAGCGCGCAGAAAGGCAUCGCGCGCGCACAGAAAGGAACCGCGCGCGCGCAAAAGGGUGUCGCGCGCGCGCACGAAGUGGAGAAUCAGCGCGCGAUAACAGUUUUUAUGCGCUCGGAUUUUUGACACUAAUGUGACGCCAUAGGCACCAGCCAGCCGGGCUGAGAAGCACCAAGGACGGCGUGACAGAACAACGAGACCCACUCACCUUUACUGGUUCUGUACAUAUUACAAUACCAAGCAGUCUUCCCGGCUCCUCGAUGUCGAACCAGCAAGGAGAGAACUGUUUGUUGGGCUCAGUAGACGCCAAGAAGGACGUGAGGAUGAAGGAGAAGAAAUCGUGGGCGUCCUAUAUGACAAACUCUCCCACCGUGAUCGUGAUGAUCGGCCUGCCUGCCAGAGGGAAAACGUACAUGUCCAAAAAGCUUACGCGGUACCUCAACUGGAUCGGCGUUCCCACCAAAGUGUUCAACCUGGGUGUGUACCGCAGGGAGGCCGUCAGAGCCUACAAGUCCUACGACUUCUUCCGCCACGACAACGAGGAGGCCAUGAAGAUCAGGAAGCAGUGUGCUCUGGUGGCCCUGCAGGAUGUCAAAGUGUACCUUACAGACGAGGGAGGUCAGAUUGCUAACUUAUUUUCUUGUCGUCAGGUUUUCGACGCAACUAACACAACAAGAGAGCGCCGAGACCUCAUUCAAACGUUUGUGGAGGAGAAUGCAUUUAAGGUGUUCUUUGUGGAAUCAGUGUGUGACGACCCUGAAGUCAUCGCUGCUAAUAUCAUGGAAGUCAAGGUGUCCAGUCCGGACUACCCCGAGAGGCACCGUGAAAGGGUCAUGGAUGACUUCCUGAAGCGGAUCGAGUGCUACAAGGUGACUUACCAGCCGCUGGAUCCUGACGAUUACGACAAGGACCUGUCCUUCAUCAAGGUGAUAAACGUAGGCCGGCGCUUCUUGGUAAACCGGGUGCAGGACUACAUCCAGAGUAAGAUCGUCUACUACCUCAUGAACAUCCACGUGCACUCGCACUCUAUCUACCUGUGUCGUCACGGCGAGAGCAACCACAACGUCGACGGUCGCAUCGGGGGAGACGCAGAACUUUCUCCCCGUGGGAAACAGUUCGCCCAUGCCCUUCGUGACUUCAUUGAGGAUCACGAGCUGUCGGACCUGAAGGUAUGGACGAGCCAGCUGAGACGCACCAUUCAAACGGCGGAGGAGCUGGCGGUGCCCUACGAGCAGUGGAAGAUUCUCAACGAGAUUGACGCGGGUGUGUGCGAGGAGAUGACCUACGAGAUGAUCCAGAGGGCGUUCCCAGAGGAGUUUGCUCUGAGGGACCAGGACAAGUAUCACUAUCGCUACCCAGGGGGGGAGUCGUAUCAAGAUCUGGUUCAGCGUCUGGAGCCAGCCAUCAUGGAGCUGGAGAGACAAGGCAAUAUCCUGGUGGUCUGCCACCAGGCGGUCAUGCGCUGUCUUCUGGCCUACUUCCUGGAUAAAAGUGCAGAAGAUCUGCCCUACAUGAAGUGUCCGCUGCACACCGUCCUCAAACUCACCCCUGUGGCGUAUGGCUGUAAAGUGGAAAUGUUUUAUCUCAACGUGGAGGCGGUCAACACGCAUCGGGAUCGACCCCUUGGUAAAACGGCAGAGGACUGUGCUCGUUUGCUGCGGCGGAAUAGUUACACGCCUCUGUCCAGUCACCACCAGGUCAAGCGUCCCAGGCUGUACAGCGCCGGAAAUCAGCCUUGGCUGCCGCUCGCCCCCACCCCGUCGGCGCUGAUGCCCGAGGGCCGGCCGAGCCAAGUCAGUGCCGCCGCCUCUUGGGUGGGCUGUGUCGUCAGCGUGUCCCCUCCCGUCUUCCCCGGUGUUCAGGACUCCCUGUGCGAAGGAACCCACUUUGGCAGCUUCGACGAAACGGGCGACUGCGUCCGCUUUUGAGUGACGUCGCGUCGGCCACAACAUCAGGUACACCCACACCAAAUCUCAAAUGAGACGAGAGCGCAGUUUAUUUUGGAACAUGUUAAUGUUUUUGUUUGUUUGCUUCGUCCGCUUGGGUUCCAAUUAAUUCCGAUUGCUAAAUAAUGUUUCCUAUUGCAUGCAAUGGGAAUAGUCCGUUCCACCAUGGAACCUUCAAUACAAUGUUUUAGAAACAUUUUACAAAAACACAAACGUUAAAGAAAACGAUGUGUUACACAUUCAUGACUUGAUGAAACUAUGAUAAACCUUAUUACAUUUUUUUUUUUAUUUACCAAUAGGUGGCGCUGUGAAUGUGUCAUGGUCAUAUUAUUUAACGAGGUACUCGUUCAAGUAACAACUUGCAAUGUCAACAUUUCAUGUUUGUCUGCACAUGCUGAUGCUUAAAGGAUGAAUAUUACAAGCACGGUUUGCAACCAGCAAAUUGGAUGUACAGUAUUUAAAAACUUUAAAAUCAAAGUAAAAUGUGGAAAAUACUAUAUUUUCUAUAUAUUUAAGUGGAUUCUGGACGGUUGAAAAUGGUAUUUUGUAAUAUUUUGUGUGCCUGAUUUGUGUAUUCAGUUCUUUAUAGUUUGUAGUUUUUCUUUUCUUGUAUUACUCUUGCUAUUUAUCUUUUUAUCUCAAUGGAAGAUUAAGCAUGGAAGGAUGCCUAUUUGUGCCUUUUUAGCUGAUAAAAUGUAAUUGUUUUAUUGAUUUUUUUUACUAUAAAAUGUGUAGUUGUCUUUGCAGCAUGUGUGUUGAUGCAAAAACGCAAAAUUGUGUUUGUGGUCCUUGUCUCACGGCCAUGAUACAAAACUAUUAAAGACUCUGUUAUAACUUUU